AUGAAUCAAAUUCAAUCUCAUCUCAUUGUCACAGCCACCCUUAAAGACCCAUAUGCAGCAGCAAAGGUCAUAGCUUUCUAUGCACAUUCAAAUGGCAAAAGCUCUCUUUUUUAUGCUGAAAGACUCCUCCUUUGCCUUCAAAACAAGUCCACCUUCAUUUGGAACACCAUGAUACAGGCUUUUGUAGAGAAAAAUGAGCCCGUUAGAGCUUUCUCUCUAUAUAAGCACAUGUUAGAGAGUAAUUACGUGCCUAAUAACUUUACUUUCUCUUUUGUUAUCAGGGCUUGUAUUGAUGUUUUGAAUUUGCCAAUGGGUUUAUGUUUUCAUGGCCAAGUUGUUAAAUUUGGAUGGCAAAGUUAUGAUUUUGUGCAAAAUGGAUUGAUUCAUCUGUAUGCAAAUUGUGGGUUUAUGGACUUAGCAAGGAAGCUGUUUGAUAUGAGUACGAAGAGGGAUGUUGUUACUUGGACUUGUUUGAUCAAUGGAUAUUUAAAGUUUGGUCAAGUCUUGAUUGCUAGGGAGUUGUUUGAUAAAAUGCCAGAGAAGAAUCCAGUUUCGUGGGGCGCAAUGAUUGCAGGGUAUGUGCAAGUUGGGUUUUUUAAGGAGGCUUUAGAGGUUUUUAAUGAUAUGCAGGUUUCUGGGUUUAAGCCUAAUCACGCUAGUAUUGUUGGUGUGCUUACAGCCUGUGCUUUUUAG